AUGGAUGAGGAAUACUAUGGUUUUCUCGGGUGUGGUAGUCCCCUUGCGGGUUUAGCGAUUGGGGACGGCGAGGGCUAUGAGUCUGACUGCAGCUCACGAGGGCGACUCUGGACGAAGAUUGGCGGGGCCGCGACAUGUGUCGGCGACAGCCAUGCUGACUGCCAUGACAGCACCGCCUUUGUUGUCGAGCGGAUUGAGCGACGAGGCUGUUGUUCAUCGGCAGGCCCAACUCCGUGCUUUUCUGGGCGAGCUGGUGCGCCAGCUGGUGUCACGCCAUGGCGCAGCAGCCGCAGCAACGACGGCAACGACAGCAACAACGGCAACGACGGCAACGACAGCAACGGCGGCAACGACAGCAACGGCGGCAACGGCGGCAACGGCGGCAACGGCGGCAACAACAAUACCAGCAACAAUACCAGCAACAACGCCAGCAUCAAGAGCGACCGUGUUGGCAGCGCAUGGGAGCCGGCAGGAACAGGCGCUGGCGUGCGGCCAUGA